AUGGCGUGCCACAAGGUGACGGUGGGCGGUUGGCCUGCAGCGCUCCUGGUCCUGGAGCGUCGCGGAGACUCCUCUCCCACGGUGAGGACCGACGCCCUUUCGCCCGCGUGCACCGCGCGGGAGCGACGAGAUGAGCGGGAGCCACAGGACUGCGUGCUGGUGCACCACCUUCCAGCACAGGCGCCGGCGCAGCCCCUGAUGGACCUGUUGCUGAACCUUUGGCCCAGUCACUUCCCGACCGUCUCAGUGGCGCGGCGCGUGUGUGCUCGCGCACGCGUGUGGAUCAAGGAGGUGAAGGAGAUGAGAGACACCAGCGUGCGACAAGCAUGGUGGAGCGAGUCGUUGGCCGCUCCGCAGACGAUCGUUUUUCUGCCGGACUAUCCGCGGCGGAGUCCUCACGAGACCAAGCUGGAGGUCCUCUUUGAAGAUGAGCACCUGGCAGUCGUGGUCAAAGAACCAGGACUUAGGUUGCACGGUGGUGUGCGCACCUUGGCCAACAUGCUGGCGGCCAAAGAGCAGCCUUCCUUGAGCCCUUCCAUGCAGGAGGAUGCGUUGGCGUCCGCCAUCCCGCUACAUUUCUUGGAGGCGGAAAUCGGCGGCCUCGUCCUCUGUGCUAAGACCGCCACGGCAGCCGCUCUCUCCGCGCGUGGAGAGAGUGCCGGCUAUAGCUUGCGGCGGCGCUUCCGGGGGAUCUUCUGUGGCAUGGUAGAAGGGAGUGAGCGAGGAAUGCUCUGA